AUGGCGGGGGGUCAUGAAGGACAAGAAGGGACUACGUUAGAGUUUACGCCAACAUGGGUUGUUGCCGCCGUGUGUACGGUCAUGGUUGGUGUUUCCAUGGCCGUCGAACGUCUACUAUACUACUCUGGCAAGAAAUUACGAAAGGGUGGUCGGAAGCCACUCUAUCAAGCAUUACAAAAGGUCAAGGAAGAGUUGAUGUUGUUGGGGUUUGUAUCACUACUAUUAUCUGUUUGUCAAGGCGGGAUUGUCAAGAUUUGUGUAGACGAGGAUAUUAUGAAACACUUUCUACCUUGCUCAUUAGACGGAGAAGAGCACCCAUAUUCACUUCGCCAAUUGCUUGAAGACAAUGAAUCACCGAUGGGCUAUUGUGCUCUGCAGAACAAGGUCCCAAUGUUAUCCCCUGAGGCACUGCAUCAUCUACACAUUUUUAUUUUCGUACUUGCUAUUGUGCAUGUGACAUUUUCUGUUCUCACCGUUGUAUUUGGAGGGAUUAAGAUUAGCCAAUGGAAACAAUGGGAAACGUCUGCCAGAGACGAUAAAUUCAACACUUCAAGAGUUCUUCAGCCGGAAGUCACAGUUACAAAUCAUGAUUUCAUCAUGAAACGCUUCAUGGGUUUUGGCAAACGUUCAGCUGUUCUAGGUUGGAUGGAAUCUUUUUUCAAGCAAUUCUAUGGAUCAGUCAACGAAGCAGACUACAUUGCUCUAAGAUUGGGAUUCAUAACGACACAUUGCAGGGGGAACCGAAAAUUCAAUUUUCACAAGUACAUGAUGCGAGCUCUUGAAGAUGACUCUAGGAAAGUUGUCGGCAUCAGUUGGUAUUUGUGGAUAUUUGCGAUCAUAUUUUUGUUGCUGAAUGUCGACGGUUGGCAUACAUAUUUUUGGAUAGCAUUUUUUCCCUUCAUCUUGCUACUUGCUCUGGGAACCAAAUUAGAACACAUAAUCAUUCAGUUAGCUCAUGAAGUUGCCGAGAAGCAUUUAGCUGUAGAAGGUGAACCAACAGUAAAACCUUCAGAUCAUCACUUCUGGUUUCAUCGACCAAAGAUUGUUCGUCAGUUUAUACAUUUUAUCCUCUUCCAAAAUGCGUUUGAAAUUGCCUUCUUCUUCUGGAUAUUGGUUCAAUUUGGCCCUGAUUCGUGUAUAAUGGGAAAAUGGAUUUAUAUCAUCCCGAGGCUCCUGAUUGGGGUUUUUAUUCAAAUUUUGUGCAGUUAUAGUACUCUACCACUUUACGCACUUGUAACACAGAUGGGAAGUAAUUUCAAGAAGUCGAUAUUUGAAGAACAUAUACAAGCAGGUCUAAUCAGUUGGGCUCAAAAAGCCAAGAAAAAGAAGUCAGUAAACAUCACAACCCACACAUCAGGCCCAGAUGGUUCUGGUGGUGAUCCACACAGUGGUGGUCCACACGGCGCUGGUGAUGCAGCUGAGUUGCAAGACAUUCAUAUCGCUAAAGAUUCGCAACAGGAGGGUACUAAUGCAUGAAGUCUCAUGAUCACAUUCCUUCCUAAAACUUGUGAUACCAUCCAGCCUUAGAAAUGGUCAAUAUGAGUCUGUAACAUGAUGUGUGUCAAUGAUCGUAUAUGAGCACCCUAGACGACGUAACACUACUCAAUGAUUUGAAAGCAAAAUCAUAUCGAAUGGUUAAGAUCAUGAUUUGACUCUGAUCCAAAAAAUAGAUGUUUAAUUGAUAAAAAUUAUGGUGUAUCAAUCAAAACAUCUGUCUAGUUAGUUGGUAUGAAGUUACAAAAUGUAAAAUGCUUGAUGUUUUAGUUUUAAGGC